UAUUGCUGUAGCCAUCUGGGCGCACCGGGAGCGCUGCGAAAAUGCAGGAAAAGCCCCGAGAAAAGCGGAGGGCGCCUGGUGGUCGGGAGUAGGGAGCAGCCUGACCCGGGGAGCAGCCAGGGGACGCAUCCGCCCGAUUGUAAAGUUCAGAGACGAUCCAGCCAGGCAGAUCAUGUGACUGAAGAUGAACGUUCUUUCAUUCUGUAGUAGCUCUGCAGUCAGCUCCUCUCUGCCUGGUUUGAUCAUUUUCUUCAUUACUUAUCACAUUCAGAAGCUGGAAUCAGCUGAGUUCACAGUGAUGUGUCCUGCUCAUCCUGUCAUGGCCACUGUGGGUGAGGCCAUCGAGUUACCCUGUCACCUGUCCCCCAGGAUGAGCGCUGAGAACAUGGAGGUGAGAUGGUUCUGGUCGGACUUCCUUUCCUUUGUGCACCUGUACCAGGAUGGGAAGGAUGAACAUGAGCAGCAGAUGACAGAGUAUCGGGGAAGGACGGAGCUUUUGAAAGCCGGCCUCACGGAGGGCAAUGUGUCCUUGCGGAUUCUUAAUGUCAAACCAAUGGAUAGAGGACAGUACCGCUGUUUGGUUCGAGAUGGUAUUUUUUAUAAAGAAGCCCUGUUGGAACUGAAGGUAGCAGUUUUAGGCUCCAGUCCUCUCAUCUCUGUUCAGGGUCACCAGAAUGGAGGAAUCCGGGUAGUUUGUCAGUCGGCCGGUUGGUACCCAAAGCCUGAGAUGCUGUGGAGGGAUCACAUCGGGCACCUUUUAACAUCACUAUCAGAAGCAAUAUCUCAGGUGGACAAUGAUCUGUUUAGAACUGAAAGCUCUAUUAUUAUGAGAGAACAUGCAAACCAAAGCUUGUCCUGUUGCAUCAGGAACACCUUGCUCAAUCAAGAAAAGGAAUCGACAAUUCAUAUAGCAGAUUCCUUUUUCCCGAGGGUGAGUCCCUGGAUGGUGGCUCUCAUUUUCAUCCUGCUGGUUUUGUUUGGUUUCAUGGGCCUCACUGUUUAUCUGUUUAAAAUAAAAGGGAAACAGCAUCAAGAAAUUGGGAAACAGCGUCAAGAAAUCAUUGAUCGGGAUACAGAAAUUGGGAAACAGCGUCAAGAAAUCAUUGAUCGGGAUACAGAAAUUGGGAAACAGCGUCAAGAAAUCAUUGAUCGGGAUACAGAAAUUGGUAAGUGUUGUGUUCUUUCCUCCAAUGAGGAAAACUUUUGUAUAAUUAUGUCCCCUCAUAAGGGUGUCUAUUAA